UGAGUUAACAGAGUUUGAGAAGAGAAGGGAGAUCCAAAAAACCAUCCGCAGAUUGAUUGUUAUAUUGUAGCGUCGGGAACAGCGAAUCGAAGAACAACAACAGCAGAAAGAAAAGCAGAUGCCUACAAUGGAACACACAUGCAUUUUUAUUGUUGUUAUGGUUGUUUUGGACACCCUACUUUUGCUUCCGCCGACAAUAUCUACACUCAAAUGCUCUGCUGCAGCGGAAGCAGUGGUAGUUGAUGUUGAACGCUCGGAUUUUCCUCAAGGAUUUCUAUUUGGAGCUGCUACUUCUGCGUAUCAGGUUGAAGGGGCGGUUCUCGAAGAUGGGAAAAGUCUCUGCAAUUGGGACGUGUUUUGCCGGAUUGAAGGUGCAAUAGCUGAUGCAACGAAUGGCUAUGUUGCGGACGACCAUUACCAUCGGUACAAGGAAGACAUUGAGAUACUGCAUUCGCUUGGAUUGACUGCUUAUAGAUUUUCAAUUUCAUGGAGUAGAGUUGUUCCUAGAGGAACUUUUGGUGAAGUCAACCAACUCGGUAUCCAGUUCUACAACAGGAUUAUUGACAAUCUCCUACUCAGAGGUAUGGAACCUUUUGUGACUAUUCACCACCAUGACUAUCCUCAAGAGCUUGAAGAUAGAUUUGGGGGCUGGCUCAGCCCCCUGAUGCAGGAGGAGUUUAUACACUUUGCAGAAACAUGUUUCAAGCAUUUCUCGGAUCGUGUAAAGAACUGGAUGACAAUCAACGAGCCCAACAUGUAUGCACAGCUAGGCUAUGAGAGGGGUGUUUAUCCUCCUGCUCGUUGCUCGCCUCCAUUCGGUCAAUGUGCUGCCGGAAAUUCAGAUGUCGAGCCAUUAAUAGCAGUGCACAACAUGUUGCUAGCACACGCCAAAGCUGCUAAAUUGUAUCGCGAUAAGUUUAAGUCCAAAAUCGACAGUGGUAUAAGCCUGUCGGUGGCUGCAUUGAUGUAUGUCCCGCUGACAGAAGAUGAGAAAGACAAGGAAGCUGCCUCCCGGGCACUAGCUUUUACAGUAGCUUGGGUAUUGGAUCCACUUGUGUUCGGGGACUACCCUCCGGAAAUGAAACGCUAUCACGGCAGCGAACUGCCAAUCUUCUCCCCCGAGGAAAAGUUGCUUCUGAAAGACAGCCUCGAUUACAUCGGGAUCAAUCACUACGGCACACUCUAUGCAUCCGAUUGUCUCUAUUGUGCAGACUCCAUAUGUCGAAACAGCGAAGGCAACCGUGCCAUCCAGGGGUUCGUGUGCUCUUCCCCGUAUCGCAAUGGCAUUCCCAUAGGAGAUAAAACAGGCCAGUCUUAUUUUUACGUAGUUCCGAGCGGGAUGGAACGCAUCGUCGAUUAUGUUAAGGGAAGAUACAACAACAAACCAAUGUACAUCACAGAGAAUGGCUACUCGAGUCCUCUCGACGAAUACGACAACUACCAUCACGAUGUGAAGAGAAUACAUUUUCAUAAAUCAUAUCUUGCAUAUCUUGCUCGAGCUAUAAGGAACGGCGCGGAUGUUCGUGGAUACUUCAUUUGGACAUUGAUGGACAAUUUCGAAUGGUCGAGUGGAUACAAAUUGAAAUUCGGAAUAUACCAUGUGGAUCGCGAAAAUGGGACGAUGAACAGGAUCCCGAAACUGUCUGCUCAUUGGUUUCGAGAGUUCUUGAAUGGCAAUGGCAAUGGUGGCAAAAGACUUGUUGUUGGGUAGCAAAAAGAAGAAAUACCAAUAUGAAUAUGAUGCAGCUUAGCAGCCUUUGCACACAAGGUAAUUAAGUUGAUUAUAUUUCUAUCUAUUUUCUUGCUUUUGGCAAUGGCGUGUGUAUAGUAAGUAUUUAAGAGAGUUUUUUAAUGUAUCUUUUUUUUAAUAUAUAUAUAUAUAUAAAUUAAAAUUGUACAAAUAAAUUUCUAAUACUACGUGGUUUGGGAAAUGAGAUAAAUAAAUAAUCUAAUUACACAAUA